CUCUAGCCCAGCACUAGACAAUAAGAACCAGAUGUGCCAAUAUAGCAUUUUCAUAACUUCAUGGCUCCAUAGGCCUCUAAUCGUCGCGUGACUGGGAUACAAACCAUAAGGGGGUGUGGUGUCACUUGGGACAACAUGAACGGCUGAAGUUUAACUUGAGCUGCUCAAACAAAUUCGACCAAAGCACACACAUUCAGCAUCAGUAGUUUCAUACCUACGCAACGAGAAGACUGGAGGAUGGACGCAGCAUACAAAAACAAUAACGGGGACUAUGCCACACUGGACAAGGGCAAAGAGAGGAAAGGCUCCAUGUACCUGGAGGAAGAGACCAGUGCCAAGGCGGGGGUGCUGUCCUGCUUCUUCUCCCUGAAGGAGGAGGUUGGGGCGCUGGCCAAAGCCCUCAGACUGUUUGAGGAGAAGGGCAUCAACCUGAUGCACAUCGAGUCUCGCCCGUCGCGACUGAACAACCAGGAGUUUGAGUUCUUCAUCAGCGUGGACACCAGCUACUCCAAUUCCCUGGACGAGGUCAUCGACGGCCUGCGCACCGAGAUCAGUGGCCACGUGCACGAGCUCUCACGCAACAAACAGAAGGACACAGUUCCAUGGUUCCCCAAUGACAUCCAGGACUUGGAUCGCUUUGCCAACCAGAUUCUGAGCUACGGAUCUGAGCUGGAUUCUGAUCACCCUGGCUUCACAGACCCAGUGUACAGAACCAGGAGGAAGGAGUUUGCCGACAUUGCCUACAACUACAGAUAUGGCCAGGUCAUUCCCAAGGUGGAGUACACAGCGGAGGAGAAGGCCACAUGGAGCACAGUGUUCAAUGAGCUGAAGACUCUGUACCCCACGCACGCCUGCCGCGAGCACAACCGUGUGUUCCCCCUGCUGGAGCAGUACUGCGGCUACAGGCAGGACAACAUCCCCCAGCUGGAGGACAUCUCACGCUACCUGCAGUCGUGCACAGGUUUUCGGCUGCGCCCGGUGGCUGGCCUGCUCUCCUCUCGGGAUUUCCUGGCUGGUCUGGCCUUCCGAGUCUUCCACUCUACACAGUACAUCCGUCACCAAUCCAAGCCCAUGUACACACCUGAGCCGGAUAUCUGUCAUGAACUCCUGGGCCAUGUUCCUCUGUUUGCUGACCCCACCUUUGCCCAAUUCUCACAGGAAAUCGGUCUGGCUUCCCUGGGUGCCCCUGACGAGUACAUUGAGAGGCUUGCUACUGUCUAUUGGUUCACAGUGGAGUUUGGCCUCUGCAAGCAGGGCUCUGAGAUCAAGGCCUAUGGAGCUGGCCUUCUCUCAUCAUUUGGAGAGCUGCAGUACUGUUUGACAGACAAGCCCAAGAUUCAACCAUUUGACCCUGCAAAGACCAGCCUCCAGAAGUACCCAAUCACUGAGUUCCAACCCGUUUACUUUGUUGCAGAGAGCUUUGACGACGCUAAAGAGAGAGUCAGGAAAUUUGCCGACACCAUCCCCAGGCCUUUCUCAGUGCGCUACAAUGCGUACACCCAAAGCAUUGAAGUCUUGGAUAACACCCAGCAGCUGAGAAACCUGGCUGACAACAUCAGUGGGGAAAUUGGGAUCUUGUGCAAUGCCCUGCGGAAGAUGGAGUAAGGAGACCACUUUGGAGACAUCCUUCCAUACUGAUGUGUGCAAUGAUAGAAUCUCAAUGCAUUUCAUCAAUCUUGUAGAUUUCCAUUAUACUCUUUGUGUUUAUAAUCUGUGUGCUUGUCCAAUAUAACAUCUACUGCAUUCUGCUUCAUCUUUAUAUAAAUUAUUCAUAAUACCUGCUGCAACCCAGACACUAGUCAUUUUAAGUAAACAUUUUAAUUUUAGUAGUCAAUAUUAGAGUAGCACUGAAUCACACGGACAUACUACUAGCCAAUGAAAAUGCACAUCGAAAAUUAGUCACUCAUUGUAAAUAUGAAGUUACAUAAAACAAGUAUUAACUUUAAAUGAAUUAUUCGAUAAAGUGAGGGAGUUUUUCGUUAGAUUUUUGUUAACAACAACAAGGAGAAGUAUUCUUUCAUCAUACCUUUUUCAGUAUGUUCUAGAAAUCCAACACCGCCGAUAGGUUAACCGAUGUCAUUUUCUGUAACCAGCUGAGAUUGAUUACAUUGGAAUAGUGCCGUUCCAAAACUAUUAGCGCAGGCUUUGAAGACGAUCUAAUUCGCACUUGAGUAUUCUAUCUAUAGUGGUUAAAUUGCAAAUAACAAAAAUAAAUCCUUGCAUUAUGCUAUAAAUAGCUAGGCCUAUAUAACACAAUAACGAAAUGCAACGUGUAUGUCCAGCAUGUUAGAGAAUGUGUUUGAUUAUAUCCUGAAUUCUGAUGAAUCCAAAUGAUCGACUGUUGUUCCAUUCUUUACUAUCACAUUUGUUUCUAUAAUAUGCAGGAAAAUGUGUUAUUAACUUGCCAAAUAAAUGUAUGCUAAAAAGGUU